CAUGAGCCACCAAAUAAUCGAGAGCAUCGAGAAGAUUAUCAGCAAGAUUAUCUCACCCGUAAUUAUCAUCAUCAUCAGCAGCAGCAGCAGCACAAACUCCAGGAGCAUCAGCAGCUCCAGCAGUACCACUAUGAUUGCGAUUACGUUGACUACUACGAGCAGCAUCAUGAUCCUGAUCAGGAUUAUCAGCGACAUCAAUACCACCCCCAGUAUCAUUAUCGGCAAUUUAAUCAGCAUCAUCAGAGCUACAUUGAAGAACUUGGUUGCAAAUUACCGUCAUAUCAAUCCGUUUAUCCUUUAAAUUACGGCACUACCAUUAAUCAUACAGGAAAUAAUUACAAUAAUCAUCAUCCGCGGGAUAAUAUAUUUAUGAUAAAAUACAACGGUCAGGAUAAUGAGAUUGAAAAUGACAAUAAUUAUAAUCAGUACAGACUAUCGCCGCCAUUACAAUUUCGUUAUGAUAAAAGUAAUGACUGUACGUACACUUUUGAUAUAAAGGAAUUAGCAACUAAGUAUCAUGAUAUAAAUAUUAAUUCGACGAUUAAUGACAUCCAUGAUAAUGAUAAUGAUCAUGACAAUGAUAAUGAUAAUGAUGAUAAUGAUUGUUUCAAUGAUUAUGAUGACGUUGAAGAUAAUCCGCGUAAAAAAUUGUUUAAACAAAUGUUUUGCCUUCCGUUAAAUUAAUUUAUUAAUUUAUUAAUCAUUUAUUAUAGAUAAUUAUAAAAGUAAUUUUUUAUAGUCAUCGUGUUUUGUAAUGCCAGGAAGUCGUAAGUCGUACGACAGAACUUUUUAUUUUUGUUUUAUUUAUUUAAUUAAUACUCAAUUUUUUUUAAUUAAAAAAAAAAUAAGAUUUCAUGUUUAGCUUAAGAAAUUUUUAAUUAAUGACCUUUUUGUAAAAUUAAUCGACCAUUUAAUUAAAAAUUAUGCAGGUCUAUUAAUUAGUAAUUAAAAAUAAAAUAAUUUAUAAAUUUUAAAUUAAUUUUUUUUAUUCCCAGUAAAAAUUUGUAAAUUAGGUCAUGUUUUAAAAAUCAGUUAAAUGUCAAAUUAAUCCAAAGGUCAUAAAUUCUCGAUGUCUAUUAAUUAUAAAAUAUAUGAUAAUUAAUGUUUCUAAAUAUUAAAAUAUAAAAUAGUGUAUUUUUAGAGCACAUAUUUAUUGCUAAAAAUAUAUAUAAAUUUAUCACUGUAAAUUUAAAUAAAAUGUUUACUUAGAAACUAAAAAAAAAAAUACAUUAUUUUAUAUUUUAAAAAUUUGAAAAUUUAUUAUUUCGCUUACGACCGUGGCAUUAAAUAACAAAUAUAUAAAUAUAUAUUUAAAUUUAUUAAUAGAAUGCAAGCGAUUUGAUAGAAAUUUUUUAUAGCAAUUUUUGUUUAUAAAAUAGUUAAAUAAAAUAUAUAUAUAUAUAUAUAUAUAAAUAUAUAUAUUAGGGUGCUUCGUAUCAGAGCAACAUUUUUUUUUUUUAAGGGCAAAAAAAAAAUUCUAUGUCAAUUACAGACCUAGCUCAUUGAAAAAAUCGAUUUCCCUUUUUUUUUAACUUUGAGUAUUUUUAACUCGUUAACAAAUCAAUAGAUCGAAUAGACUAAUACAUAUUUUUGUAGAAAAUUGAACGCUCUACAAAAAAGGUCUCUUAUAAUUUUUCGAUAAACCCAUCUGUUAAAAAGUUAUUGGAGCUCGAAGUAAAGUUGGAGUUCUUUUUACUAUUCCGGCGAAACUAUCAGACUUAUCACAAAAUGUUGCAGAAUCUUUUUUGUUGACAAUUUUAUUCUCUACAAAUUAUUAUCAGUAAAGUUUUUUCAAAUUCCGCAUCGUUUUCUAGUUAUUUCCAUUUUAAUGUCGAGCUUUGGAAAUCGAGCAAAACCACUUUUUUAAGAGCUGGAAAUUAAAAUUAAAAUAAAUUGAAAAUAAUGCGGAAUUUGAAAAAAUUUUACUGAUAGUAAUUUGUAGAGAAUAAAAUUGUCAACAAAAAAGAUUCUACAACAUUUUGUGAUAAGACUGAUAGUUUCGCCGGAAUAGUAAAAAGAUCUCCAACUUUACUUCGAGCUCCAAUAACUUUUGAACAGAUGGAUUUAUCGAAAAAUGACAAAGACCUUUUUUGUAGAGCGUUCAAUUUCCUACAAAAAUAUCUAUUAGUCUAUUCGAUCUAUUGAUUUGUUUAAUGAGUUAACAAUACUUAAAGCUAAAAAAAAAAUUUUUCCCGUGUUAUUUAAAUGAGAAAAUCGAAUUUUUUUAUGAGUCAGGUCUGGAAUCGACAUAGAAUUUUUUUUCUUGUGCGAAAAUUUUUUUUUGUGUUGAACUAUAAUUUUUUUUCUCAAGCACUUAAAAAAUGUUGCUCUGAAAUGAAGCACCCUAAUAUAUAUUAAUAAUUGAAAUUUAAACUUCCAAGGUGCUAAUCGACACGUGUCCUGAUUACGAGCCUUUAAUUAAUUUCUUUGACAUUCCAUUUAAAUAAAACUCUAAUUAAAAAAUAAAUAAAUAAUUAAAAAUAAUAAAUAAAUUAUUAUUUAAAUAUUUAUGUCUUGGUAAUGAGAUUUAUAAAUUUUAAUGGAUAUUUAAUUACUAACUAAUUUUAAUUACAUUAAUUAUGUCCAGUAUUUGUCUUAGUAUUUUUUUUUUACUGCAGUCGGCAUAAAAAAUCUUUUUUUUUUUUUUUUUUUUAUUACUUACCUAGUUAAUUAAUGAACAAUUACA